AUUAAUGUACUCAAAUUUUAUUUUACAGCUAUUGCAUGGUCCCCGCAUCAUCAUGGACUCUUGGCUAGUGGUGGAGGUACAGCUGAUCGAUGUAUUCGUUUCUGGAACACACUCACAGGCCAACCAAUGCAGUGUGUAGACACGGGAUCUCAAGUCUGUAAUCUUGCAUGGUCAAAACAUUCCUCUGAACUGGUUAGCACCCAUGGCUACUCUCAAAACCAGAUUCUCGUCUGGAAAUAUCCUAGCCUGACACAGGUUGCAAAUCUUACUGGCCAUUCGUAUAGAGUACUCUAUCUGGCCAUGUCUCCUGAUGGAGAAGCAAUUGUAACUGGGGCUGGGGAUGAGACUCUUCGCUUCUGGAAUGUGUUUAGCAAAGCUCGAUCACAGAAGGAGAACAAAUCAGUCUUGAACCUUUUCACCAGCAUCCGUUGAAGAAUCUAAAGAUGCUAGUUGAUGUAUUGCUCAAGUGUUUAUUUUUAAUUAUAUUGUUAGAUAAAAAAUUCAUUUUGACUCUUUAAUGCCAUGUACACAAAAGUACAUGGUUUAUAAAUCUUUUUAUAGGUAACCAGCUAUUUGGCAUCUUUAUAUAUAUAUAAACAAGAAAGUAGUAGAGUAUUUAUGUUUAAAGAAGAAAUAAGAAUCUGUUUUACAGAUGCAAAAACUAGGAAAGGGUGCUGAUAAAUAUCUGAUUGCUAUCACGAUUACUGUAUCGUGGAAUAUUUUUAAUAUGCCUGCUGUGGAACCAGGAGGACUUUCAGAUGGAAAUUAACCAAAUUUUUGCAUUUUGGCAGUCAUAUUGGUGGUGUUAGAUCUUAAAAACAUUGUAAAAUUAAAAUUGGUGAAAAUGUGUAUUAUGUUGAAAAUUGUACUUUAAAAUAAUACACUUUAUAAUAUAAUUUUCAAUGUUUAAAAGUAUUCUUGUCUUUGAAAUGUAACUUGUAGUUAUCCUGAAAUUUCACGCCAAAUAUGGAUUGGAUACUUCUUAAUAGCACUUGAGACAUUUGUAACCUUUUGUACAUUCUGUAAUUCUUUCUGUUGUUUGUAAUUUUGUUUUGUAUGCUUUUACAUCAUUAUCUUUCACUGCCAGUGUAUGAUCAGGUUACAGUUGAUGAAUUGUCUUAUCCCGGCAUUGUAAAGCACCACCAUUUUCAAAUCUAUUUGGGAUUUCAUUUGCCACAUUGAGCAGUGGCAACUGUUUGGAUACCAGGCUGUAAAUGGCGAAGCCAGCAUCCACACUGUCUUAAAAAAUUGGUCAUUUCCACAAACAGGAAUGUGUCUUUGUGAGUCAUUUAUUAUUAUUUUCCGGUGCUCAUGUACUUCCUUUUCUGGAUGCAGCCAUUAUGUGAAGAUUCAUUUCUGUGUUUUAUGUUAUGUAUAGUGUCAGCUAUUCAGAUUUUUUUUCAGUUUGACACUGUUUUGGUAUUCGGUGCUGCAUUCUGUUAUAGUGAAACAGGAAAAUUCCAGAUGUACUAAAAUAAUGGGCAGGCAUUACAAUAUUACAUGCAAACUGCACUUAAGUCCAUUUAUUUUUGAUCAGGUUUUUCAUAUAUACUCAGUUGCCAUUAUAUAUGUUAUUCAGACAUGCCAUUUAUCAUAAUUAACCACUUCAUUUGUCUUGCGAAAUUAACUCAGAUUAAAAAUUUAUCUUGAGUUAAAUCAUAGCAGUUAGAAUUUUGCAGGUAUUGUUAUCCCACCAUAUUGGAGUCUGAUCAGCAUUUCCUAUCUGAAAAAGAAGGUAGCCAUGUUUCUUUCUUGAUGAAAUAAGAGCUUUAUGAAAAUUAAUUAGUUCUUCAUACUCUUUAGGUAGUUUUUGAGAAAUUGUAAUUAAUUGUAUACCAUUGAAAAUGCAACUGAGUAUCUUGUACUAUGGUACAAAAAUGGAAUCAGAAGCAUGUUCAACCCAGUGUAAUGCACUCUCCCAACCUUCCCCAUGACAGUCCAGUGAAGUUCAUUCUGGUUACCAGGCCGUUGCUCACACCAGUUGGGCUGUUCAUUUGCAAACAAGGUGUAUUGAUGAGUGGAAGGUGUUUAUUCUCAAACAUUUCUUUGUAUCAAAAUCAUUUUCAGCUAUUUAUUAAGUAUUUAACAAUGCAUAUUCUCUCAAGGAAGUGUCAAAUAAGACAACAAUACACAGAGAAGUAAUAAAAUUUUGGGACAAAGAAAGUGUUUAUCUGUGACAGGUGUUCAUGGAGUGACAAAACACCUGGAAUUAUGGCCGUUCCAAUUUGAAGUAGUGCAUCAUCUGCUGUAGCAAGAUGCAGCUGCAAAAAUUUAAUAUCACCAUUCGUUUCAUCAUCUUUUGUCUAAAAGGGAUUCAUGUGCAGGAGCUGGGGCUGCAUUUUGAAUGUAAUUCCCAGUAUUAUGCUUCUUUUGGAACAAUGUUUGGGAAAUAAUUUUUAAUGGUGUAUUGUAAUACUUGGUUUUUGGUGCUUUAUAAUCAUAAGUAUUUCUACUGUAUGGAUAUUUGGUAACUGCUAUGGCAUUAACUUUCCACUGUAAGUGAUAUCUGUGUCUUGUCGCAAGUUAAUUUUAGUCAGUAGAGAAAGUGAUGUAUACUUACUCCCAUGCAGUACUCAUGUAUGGUGCAGUGUAAUACUUCAUUCUGUAUUAGGUACGGAUGGUUUCAGUGAUGAAGAUGGCUGUCUGCUGUCAUCAGUGCGAUGAUGAUGGAGGCAGCAAGGACCUCUGAGAUGUUGGCAAACUUCUUCCAGACUACACUGCACGAGAACACAGAAGACAGCCAUCUUCAGACUUGCUGCCAUGAAAACCUCAAAUCCUACAUAGUUUCAGUAAUUUUGUAGCAGUUUUCAUGGUCUCUUUUGAUAGAUCUGUUUUAUUGCACAAGACCCAUAUGAGCUUUAUAAGGUGAAUGUUGAUGCCAAGGUCAUAUAUUGGCAUUCUUUUCUUCUGUUAGAACUUUAUAUUGACAUUUUGUUGUACUAAUGUCAGCUCUUUAUUAAUAACUGUUUCUGUGGGGAACUUGAACACCAAGGACUGUUCUUAUGACUUCUCUGUCAUUCUUUGUGCUAAUUGUUUAAGCCUAUUUGUAUCCAGCAGUGAGUCACACAUGAAUAUUGCAAAGGAAUGUAAUACCACUUUCUGUUUUUUCACUGCUAACUUGAGUUGCUGUCAGCAGCUAAUGCAGUAUCACAUAUAAAAGAAAGUUCAUGACAUAUCACAGCUGCGAAAUAUUUACCCUUUUUGGGUUUUUCUGUAUCUUUUUGCACAGAAUUAUAUUCUUGAUCUUAUUAAACAUAGUAAAUGCUUUAUUUAUUUUGUAAAAUAUUUUCAGCUAUAUUGUAACUUUCAUUCUGUAAAAUUUUGUAAUAAUUCAGGUAAGCAGGAUUGGUGCUCACAUUUUGGCAUUAAGAGAACUGUAUUUCUGUAACUGCUGCUCCAUUUAAAGUCACAUACAGUAUUGGCAUUAUUCAGUUGGCACACUGCAAUCAUGGCACAGUAUAUUGUUUGUCAUUUCACUGAUUCUGGAAAAGUGUACACAAAGUGUUCAGCACCUGUUAUAUUCAUGAUGUUUGUAUAGUGUAUUGAUUUUUUUUAAGUUCAUUAUCUGUGAUCAUCCUUUGGGGGUGGGGGUUCUCUGUUAAAUAAUUUGUGAGAGAGAGCGAAUGCAUAUUCGUCUGUUUGUGUUGCAUAUGUGUAAUGACAGACAUGCAUGUAAAGAGUAAGCUUCAUUAGGGGUGAUGGAUUAAUCUGGAUAAAAUUCUGCCACCCCUAGUUAAUGCAGCAUUAUCAGUUUUAUGUAUAAAUUAGUGCUGUUAUAGUUAUUUACUUGGGUGCAUUGCUUCUGUAAUUUUAGCAAUGAGAUCUUUAUUUACAUGUAAAGAUAAAAAAUAGAAAGGCCUUAGGUACAUCUAAAAAAUUAUAAAGUUGGUAUUUGAUUUGUCAACCUUUUUUAUUGCAUACAUUGUACUAUCCUGUGAGGAUAAUGAGUUCAAUUUAAAUGCACCUCAUGAAUAGUCCUCAAAUUCGUAGGUGCCUAACUGGAAUAAAUGUACAGAAUGGGACAGAAUUCA